GUUCAAAGCCUCCUGCAUGGACACCGGCAGGGCAUUAGAAUGACGCACGGCUGGACACAUACUCCCCUGGGCUGACGCAUGCGAACAGAAGCGGACUAUUGUGCGGCGGCGAGCAUAGGCGGGACAUCUGAGACUCGAGCAGGUGAUGGACGUGGACGUCGUGGCGGCAGCCAUGCGCUGUCUGAUGAAGAGCUGGAGGCGGUGGCCUUGGCGGUGACGGCCGCUGUUCUGAACGCGAUGAGUGACAGGUCGUCCACACAGUGCCAAAUGCGUCUGCAGUUGCGGAAGCGUAGAGCGUUUCUGCAGCGCGUGGUUGAAGCUUCGGAUUGCGUGGCGACGUCUGAAGUGGUCGUGCAGCUGUGUUCGGCUCUCUCCGCCGGCGUCUUCCUGUGUGAGACACCGCAAUGGUGGAUAAAGCGAAGGACGAGUGGAACGUGGGCGGAUCUUCUCGUAUGUGACGAUGCGAGUGACAGUUAUUUCCGUGAGAAAUUGCGAAUGUCGAGGCCAGUCUUCAUGCAGAUCGCCGCCGCAUGCACCGCGUUAGUGGAGAAGAAGGCCACACAUUACAGGCUGCCAUUGUCUGUGGAGCAGGUUAUUGCAUUCGCGUUGUAUAGGUGGGCAUCUGGGGAGACUUACGAGAGCGGCACGUCAUCCUUCGGCAUCGGCAGGGCUAUUGGACUGCUGGUCGUUCGCGACGUCACCUCGGCGUUGCUGAAGGCGUACCUGGACACCAUAAAGUGGCCGAUGGGGCGGAGACGUGUGUGGAUUAUGUGCGCUUUCCGAGAGAAGGGUUUCCCGAACUGCUUCAGUGCAAUCGACUGCACGCACAUCUAUAUCGACAAGCUCGCCGGCUCACCAUCAGAUAACUACUACGACCGCAAACAAAAGUUCUCAAUGCAAGCCCAGGUGGUCGUGGAUUUUGACUUGCGUAUCCUGGACGUCCAUGUCGGAUACCUGGGCAGUGUGGACGACAUCUGUGUCCUGCACAACUCCCAUUUGUGGAGGCGCCCACGCCCCAUCGGAGAAUCUACCGCACGACAUCGUUACGCGAGGUUACCUUCUUGGUGACAACGGCUACCCCGUUGCGUGUCCAUGGAUCAUGCAGCCGUACUGAGGAGUCGACCAACCUCCUGAUGAGGAGCGCUUUGACACGAAG